UUACCAAAUUAGUGGCGUUAUAGGAUGGAAUUCGUCGGGCUAAGGCUGGAUUACAGUUCUCUCUGCAAUUAAUGGAGGUUUUGUUGUUCAGUUGUCUUUUAUAUGGAGAGCUUUAUGUUUAUUUUAUAUGGAGGGGUUGACAAUUUGACAAUCCUUGUUAAGGUUCUAUGUUGUACCCUUGUAACGAGAAGGUGAGAGUAAAAAAGAAAUAUGAAACGAAAGAAGCAGGGAGAAGGAACGGCGGUAGAGUGUAAGGGAAAAUGACAAUUUAGUAAUAUAUUGUAUUGUAUCUUAAGUAGGGCGAUGUUUAGCCGUCCAGCAUUUCUCCAGUGUUCCGAGUGCAAGCCACGUAACAGAAGCCUCGUGGAUUUGACACCAUUGGAUGCAUCUCACGGCUGGAUUGAUACCUCGUUUAAUGAAAAUCCGCCGGAUUUAACCGAAACGUUCAGACUAAACGGCCUCGAGGAUGGGCCCGUUGGACAUCUUGAGAGGCCCAGUAUAUUAGAAAAGAAGGCUUGAUGAACAACCAUGAGAAGGCCCAUUACGUAGGAAAAAGAACGGAGAGAGAAAGAGAGAAGGAGAGGGGUAAACUUGGAAUUACAAGUUUUUCGAUCUUGCAGAGCAAGCUACCUAAAACCGCAUCAAAACCUCUCUGAAACUGGAUAAAAUCAGCGAGCGGAGCAGUUGCGUUGGCCGUCACUCUCCCACGAUUUUCCUCCUAAUCGCCCCCGCCGUCGUCGUCCUCCUCGAGUUCCAGCGCGAUUGAAGACGGAUCCCAUCAAUGGCUCAAUGGAAGCGUGUCGUUCAACAUGGAGCUCAGCUUGUCAAAUCGCGUCGUCUCCUGCUCGAUCCUUCUUCUUCAAGGAGUUUAUCAUCCCCCCUCGCGAACCAGUUGGCCCAUCGCAGCCGCAGCAGGCUUCUCUCUGACCUCGCCGGACCAAGCGGCGCGAACGCGAAGCGUGCAUUUUCUGAUUAUGCAUCGGCGAAGAGCUCUCCGGUUGGCUCUGCUGACCUCUUGAAGUUCCAGGAAGAACUGCAAUCAAACCUGUCCAAGUUCCAGACUGAAUUAGUGAAGUCUCAGGAAAACCGUUCUAUGAUGAUGAAACUUGACUUGGCUAUGGUGCAAGCUGAUAUGAACGGAAUUCGCAGUGAUGUGUGGUUUGUGAAAUUGUACUUAAUCUGCUUUGGGAAUUUAUUUGGCGCACUCACUCUCUACCACAACUACUUGGAGAGCAAAUGAUGAAAUGAAGGAAGCGAUUUAAUGCCAUAACUAGACUUUUAUACCUGUGGGUUUUGUUGUAUGGCCUUCCAGUUGCUAAUCUGUUCAGAUAAUCAUAGCUUGGUCGUGUUGGUAAUAUGCUUCAGUACUGUUCUAUCAGUUAACCUUUGAUAACUAAUUAGCUUUCAUGGGUCUGUAAUGAAUGAUUUGCAUAUGUUGAAUGAGAGACAUAUAUCAACAUUCUAUAGUAGUUACGCUUUGGUGUGUGUAUGGUUUCUUAUGAAGUGGGAUAAAGACGUUUCACUGUGGGUGGUCAUCACAUCAUCCGAUACCACCCAGUCCGCUCAAUCUCAUACAAUUUGUACGAUACGAUUUGACAUGUAGUUCUUACUUCUCAAUUUACAUAAAAGAAUACUUGACAAUUUGAGAUACUAAGAUUUUGAGAAAAUUAUUGGUAUUACUUGUUUAAUUUUUCGAAAAGGUGUGGUUUCGCAAAAGGCAUCUAGUGGUGUAUGCAUGUUGAAUAACUUUGUCACCUUCCGCUAUACUCCAAUUACCUCACAUAAAUUUUGGAGUUAAUA